AUGAUGAGAAAAGGGAAUUCCCUGGAGGACUCCGUUUUUUAUUCUGAAAGUCAGAACAGCUUCCAAAUGUCAUGUAAUGACACCCCAGUCAGCCCUACAGAGAGUUUCGGAUCAGUAUUUAUAAGUUCAGAUGGAGAAAAUGGAACAGAUGAAAAAAGAAAGGCAGGAAAAUCACCUACUGUGUUGCUGCAGACCCCUACAAGUGAAAUGGAAUAUUUUGAUGACCGGAAAAAAGCUGAUACUGCUAGGACAAAGAGCAGCACAGAUAGUCCACUCCUGACAGUGGAUAUCAAGAGUGACUCCAAGAUUGAAAGGAAAAAACAUGCCUCGAAUCAGCUGAAGGCAAAUGCACACUUUCAUAAGCUGUUUCUAGAUGUUCCCAUUGAUGAGCCACUGAAACAAAGUUUUACCUGUGCUCUGCAGAAAGAAAUUCUGUACCAAGGAAAGUUAUUCCUUUCUGAAAACUGGAUUUGCUUCCAUUCCAAGGUUUUUGGUAAAGACACUAAGAUUAGCAUACCUGUGCUCUCAGUGACACUUUUGAAGAAAACCAAAACUGCCCUUCUUGUGCCAAAUGCUCUGAUCAUAGCAACAGUCACAGACAGGUACAUGUUUGUCUCCUUACUCUCCAGAGAUACCACCUACAAGCUAUUAAAAUCUAUCUGUAGGCAUCUUGAGGAUACAAGCAUGGGUAACAGUUCAAAUCCCUCUUCUGCAGAAAACAGCUUCAGGGCUGAUCGUCCUACAACUCUGCCCUUGGAUUUCAAUGAAGACUAUUCUGAUCUGGAUGGAAUAGUGCAGCAGCGGAGACAAGAGAUGGAAGAGUCCAGCAGCACAGGUUCACAGACCCCAGAGCUGGAAUGCUUCCAAGAUUAUCACGUCGUUGAGACACAGACUCACUUGAAAGUUUCCAAGACUGAGGCAAAGGCUGUCCGUUCAGAUGCACACAGUAAACGCGGAGCUGACGGAAAAGCCCAAAACAGUCCUCGAAAUGGCGAUUCUGAAUCCUUCAGAUUCUUCCACAAAGUGAAGUCCCAGAAGCUCUUGUCUCUGAACCACGUACUUAUAUUUUACGCAGUUCUUGUUUGUGUAUUAAUAUUUUCUACCUUCUACAUGAGAUAUAAAAUCAGUGUCCUGGAGGAACGUCUUAUUUCCAUCACAUCCUUUGAUUCACAUAUUAAGGAACAUCCAGUGCGCCAGGGUUUGGGAUCUCAUCUGCAAAUUAAUGCUGAUGCCCUUUGUGAUGAGUUAACUGCUAAUCUUAUAAAAUUGGAAAAGAUACAGAACAACUUACAAAAACUACUUGAAGAUGGUGAAUGAAACAUCGAUGUUCUUGGACUGCUUCAGACCUCAUUCCUCUCUCUUGACAAACAGUUCCAAAGGAGCUCUGCUGGCCAGAGUUCAAGGUUCUUUAUUUUCAGUCCAAGCCAAGGUUAAACUACUGUAAAGCUCAUGUCAUAAUGCAGAAAGUCAGUUUAUUCUUGAGCAUGUAUCUAUAUAUUUUGCUGACAU